AGAGAGAGAGAGAGAGAGAGUCAGAGAGAGAGAGAGAGAGAGAGAGAGAGAGAGAGAGAGAUUGGAGGAGCAGCCGGUCGCUCGUCCCUCACUCUAGGCUCUAAGUUUAUAGGCAGCCCGGCAGAUUUUCUUGGCUCAGACGCAGCGCUCAUGACAGGAUUAGGAGCCGGGGACGCGGGAUCAACCGGAGAUCUGCAGGUCCGAGUGGACGAGCCUGGGCCAGACUCUCUCCCUGCACAGCUGUGACGGGCCUCCCGUGUCCCGUCACGCCAAUCUUCCGACAACAGUCUUCCGAGGUUGACCCGAUUACCUCGUCUCCUCUCCCAUAAUGCGUCUCCUCAUAACCCUCCUCCUCCUGCUGCUCCUCCGGUCAGCUGAGCCCCGGAGAGGCCCUCGCUCAGGGGCUAUGGAGAGGGGUGCGAGGGGCCGGGUGCGGGGCAGAGACAGGGCAGGAGUGAUGAGACGUCAAACUCAGGAGUGUAAGGAAUACAUUGAGGCCGGAGAGAAGUACCUGGACUGCCAGGACAAGCAGCUGACGGCCGUGAUGCAACACUGGCCUAAAGAUAUUCACCACCUGCUGCUGGCAAGAAAUAAGAUUCAGGUUUUGCGGGACAACAUGUGUUCCCAGUUCUCCCAGACUGAAAAGACCUGGGACCUGGCAGCAGAACCACAUCUCGAUGGUGGGAGGACGGGAGCGUUUCCGGCCUCUCAGAGCUUCACCACCCUUGCCCCUUUGUCCUCAGCACACUCUGGAAGACCGCCACUGACAGGAGGUCUGCUGCCUCUGCCUCGCCUCACCCUAACCCCUCGUCUCUACGAACACCCUGGACCUGCCAACUGCCAAUUGGACAGCCUGGUCACGGUACAUGUUCAGUGCCUAGCACGCACCUGGGCAACUACGCAAGUGCGCGCAGCUGUGCGGAUAGCAAAGAUCCGGAGAUCAAUCCAGGUUGGACAGCGAACCAGCGCGGGGAGUGGGGGCGGGACUAAGGGCCUACAGCCAGACCCAAAAAGACAGAGGCACGUCCAUGUGCCACAGUCUACAAUGGUUCCCCAAACCUUGGCUGGACUGCGCAACAAAGAUUUGAAUAACAUCCCAUCUGACCUGCCGUCCGACCUGGUGAAGAUGGAUCUGUCCCGAAACACCAUCAAACAUCUCAGGCCCAAACAGUUCCUGCUGUCCAAAGACCUCAAGCUGCUCAACCUGAGCAGCAACAGCCUGCAACAUAUCGACACAGCUGCAUUUGCUGGCCUGCUGCACCUCCGUGAGCUGGACCUCUCCAACAAUACCCUCCACUACUUCCAGUACGGUGUCCUGGAGGACCUCUACUUUAUACGGAAGCUGUCGUUGGACAACAACCCCUGGAUCUGCGACUACAACAUCCACUACCUGAACUACUGGCUCAAGCACCACCCCAACGUCUUCCACUCUGGCCUGAUCUGCUCUGAGCCGCCGGAGUUCAGGGGAUGGCGCGUCGAGGAUUACGUCAAGACCUACAACAGUGAAUGUCCCAAGGAUAAACAAACUGGAGGGGGGGAUACAGGACAGGGAGGACAAGGGGGGACAAACAAUGAGGCAGUGGGGGAGAUGGGUGAGAGGCAGGAGGAAGGUCAGCCUCAGCCUCUGCAGGAGAAGAAGCAAAAAGGGAUUGAGAUAAUCAGGCUAAGUUAGAAUGGGGGGUGAUCGCGGACUGGUGGGGGUUAUAGGGGUGUUUGAUUAAAAUGCAGUCUUUGGAGAGGCUGAAUAGUUAAUAAUUAAAGGUAGACUCAGUGAUUUGAUGUGUAAAAUGAUGUGUAAAAGUACAAUCUUGGGAUAACAUCCAUUGUCUUGUUAGUAGUCAGCUUUUUCCAUCUUAUUUUAGGACACUUUCGACAUUUCCUUUAACGAUUAUUAGUUGCAAAGUACUAUUGCUAAGUUUACCUUUAAACAAAAGUUAGGAGAUGCUCUUUGAGCUUUUGUUUCAUCUUUUUGCAAAACAUUUUCAAACCAGUCUGUAUCAGAUCUAAAACUCCCAACCAGGACAUCUCUUUGAAUUUCCCACACAAUGAACUAUAGGAGCUCUCCUUUUUAUUCUGUUACAAUCAUUUUAAUAAUGAGUUUAGGAUAUACUUUUUUUUCUCUUUUUAAAAGAAAACCUUUUUGUAUUAAUUAAUGUACGGCAUUGUCUACCUGUUUCUGGAAAUAAAAUUGGGUUUAUUUUUUCUGAA